AUGCCGCGCGAGACGCUCAAGGGCGCGUCGACCGCGGCGGUGGCGUCGGCGAUCGAUAAACGACGGAGAAAACGCGAGGAUGAGCAUCAAUCGGCGCGCGAGGAAAAUCUCAUGGAAACGCCGCGCGACGACGCCCGCGCGCUCCCUUCGGGCGGUAAGACGGCGCUGGAGAUCGCGACGAUGUUGAACGUGCCCUUGCCGCUCGCCAAGUUCGGUAUCGGUGGCGUUGACGAUGGUGGGAGCGGCGCGUGCGGGGCGGAGGCGAAGGACGACGCGAGCGAGAGCGAGGAGUGGGACGACGUGUGCGGCGACGAUUACGGCUCGAUCGCGUACGAGGACGAGGACGCGGGAGUAGAGAACGGUGACGCGGAGGGGGGACGUGGGGUGAAGUGGGCGCGCGGGUCGGACGAGGCGGAGACGGAGAGCUCGGGCGGACCGAAACGGAAGAAGAAGAAGUACGUGAGGAGAUUGAGCGAUGACGAGCGCGCGGGAGUGUUGCAGACGCAUCAUAUACACGUGAUGUGUUUGCUCGCGCGUGGACGGCACGUGCGAGGGGCGGCGUCGUCGAGAUUGCUUCAGGCGAUGACGACGUCGUGCGCGCCGAGCGCUUUGGCAAACGCAGUGCAGGGGAGCGCGUCGGGUGCGCUAGAGGUGAGCGCGCUCGCGCGAUUGAACGAUUGGUUCGCCGAUGUGAUUGCGCCACCGAUAUCCAUCGACGACGACGACGACGAGAAGAGUGGUUUGGAGAGGUUGACCAAGGAUGCGCAGUGGCGUCGUUUGGCGUUUCGGUUGGCGAUGCGGCGCGCGGGGAUGGGAUCAACUCGCGGCGGUGCGAGCGCGUACGCGGCGAAGCUGGCGCGAUCGUGGACGCUCCGCGGUCGAGAAAAGAUCAGCGAAGAGGAAUCAGCGGCUCUAUUUGCGUCAAUUUGUCAGGGAUUCGGAGUGGUGUGUCGCGUCGUAUCGUCGCUCGAACCCGUGCCACUUCGAGCGAGCGCUACGACGCUCGAACACAUGGGCGUUUUGACGACGCCCAAACCGCCGCCCGUCGUGAGAAAGGAAACUAGAAAUACACAUCGAUUUGUCCGUCAUUGGUGUGAGGUUUUAUGUGCUAGGCACGACGAAAAGGGUGUCGACAAAAAGGCGACAAACGCGCGAUGGGUGAGCGUGGUCCCGACAACGCGCGGGUCGGUGGACGACAUGGGCGUAAUUUUCGGCGAAAGAAAGCGUACGACGACCGCUGACGCGACAUCUUCGAUGCCGUACGUCGUCGCGUUUUAUGGUGACUCUGGAGCGCGCGAUGUGACGAGAAAGUAUGCCGCCGCGUUUUCGCAAGCGCUGCAUCAUCGAACACCAGAUUGGAAGUGGUGGGAGACAAUCACAACGCACAUGGAUAGACUCCACCGCGACGCGGUCGCAUGCGAUUGCUCGCCCGAGCUUCGAAAACUGAUCGACAGCGCGGACAAGGCGGAGCUAUUCGAGAUGGACACGCGUAGCUCGAAGGAGCGCGUGCCAGGAACGAUGACGGAGAUAAAAAAUCAUCCACUCUGGGUAGUCGAGCGCUUCUUGUCCCGCUCGCAGUGCAUCCACCCGCGACAUCCCGUGAAAGCGCUCAUAGCGGGCGAACCAGUAUUUCCUAGGUCGUGUGUCAAGGAGUUGAAGAGCGCGGAGCGAUGGAAGAGUGAAUGCAGACGACGCGUAAUCGACGCACUGAUAGACUCGCCAGUGCGCAAGAUUCACAGUCGAGCUUUGCAAGCACGCAUCAAACAACUCACGCGCGCGCGCGAAGGGUGGUUCUUAUCCAAGGCCGAAGGGUCGAAGGAGCGUUUACAGUCCGAGGAGUGGCGCGCGACGAUGUCCAAGGACGAGGAGUGCCCGCAAGAUCCGCAAACUAUUCUUGGUGAUAUUCCGCUCUACGGAGAGUGGCAAACUGAGCCGUGGACACCUCCAUCCGCCGUCGGCGGCGUCGUUCCCAAGAACGACCGCGGGAACGUCGAUCUGUACGGCAAUGCAUUACCUCCUCCCGGGACCGUGCACGUGAACUUACCGCGGGUAUCGAAAACCGCGAAGUUGAUGAACAUUGACUACGCCCCGGCGCUCGUCGGGUUCGAGUACAAAGCUGGAGGAAAGACACUCCCACUUUUCAACGGCAUCGUCGUCUGCGAAGAGUUCAAGGAUGAACUGCUCAAGAGACACGAAGACGCUGAGGAGGCGCGUCGAAUUACCCUCGAGGCGAAGGCGUACAAGGAGGCGUGCGCGCACUGGCGUCUACUUCUCGGAGCCAUAUGGACUCGCGCUAGACUUCGUGAUGAGUUCCAGGAUGGUGUCACUACCGAGGAAGCUGACCCGACCGCUCGCCGCAUCGCCGCCGCUCGAGCUAUGAAUGAAAGGGAUGAAACCACGACGGAGCGGGACGAGCGACUCGUUCUCGGCGCCGCCGCAUUUGUUGAAGAAUUGUAA